CGCCGCCGCCGCCGCCGCCUCUCUGACAUUCCGCCUGCUCUCACGUGUUUUCUGUGUAUAAAAGGGUCCCAGUCUCUGCUCAUCAUGUCCAGUGUGUCGCCAGACAAACGGAGAAAGAUGGAGUCGGCGCUGAACCAGCUGAAGAAGCACACUGUGGUGGUGGCAGACACGGGAGAUUUUAACGCCAUUGACGAGUACAAGCCUCAAGAUGCCACCACUAACCCAUCUCUUAUCCUGGCUGCCGCAAAGAUGCCAGCCUACCAGCCCCUAUUGGAUCAGGCCAUCAAAUACGGCAUCGCCAAAGGCGGAACUGAAGAGGAGCAGGUAGCCAACACCAUGGACAAGCUGUUUGUUACUUUUGGACUAGAGAUUCUCAAGAAGGUUCCAGGCAGAGUCUCUACUGAGGUGGAUGCCAGACUAUCUUUUGAUAAAGAUGAAAUGGUUGCCAAGGCCCUUAGGCUCAUCGCUCUCUACGAAGAGGCAGGCAUCAGCAAGGAGCGUGUGCUCAUCAAGCUGUCAUCGACGUGGGAGGGGAUCGAGGCCGGCAAGGAGCUUGAGGAGAAGCAUGGUGUUCACUGCAACAUGACCCUGCUGUUCUCUUUUGCUCAGGCUGUGGCCUGUGCAGAAGCCAAGGUAACACUUAUAUCACCCUUCGUUGGACGCAUCUUCGACUGGUACAAGGAGAAUACAGACCGCAAAAGCUACGAGCCACAUGAAGACCCAGGUGUGCUGAGUGUGACAAAGAUUUACAACUACUACAAGAAGUUUGGCUACAGCACCGUGGUGAUGGGCGCCUCCUUCAGAAACACGGGGCAAGUCAAAGCCCUGGCCGGCUGCGACCUGCUCACCAUCUCCCCGGGGCUGCUGGCAGAGCUCAGCCAAGAUCACAGCACCGUCACAGAGAGCCUCAAUGUGGAGAAAGCCAAGGCCUCUGAUCUGGAGAAGAUCCACCUGGAUGAGAAGGCUUUCCGCUGGCAGCACAACGAGGACCGCAUGGCGGUGGAGAAACUGUCCGACGGCAUCCGCAAGUUUGCUGCUGACGCCAUCAAACUGGAGACCGUGAUCAAAGAGAAAAUGCUCAGUGCGAAAAACGGGCAGUAAUGAACACAUUUGGCGUCUCCAGCCGCAUUGACAUGAAGUAUAAGGAGUGAGGAGGCUGCCGUCUUUGUCCCCAGCUACCUGAUAGAAGGUCCAAAGCACCAGAAGGCCUUCCCUCUCAUCUGACCAAACUCCAGGGACCUCCUGAAUGGACACCUUUCGUCUCUUAGGCUGGGACUGACUGACUGUCUGUUUUCUGACCAAACAUAAACGGUGAUUAAUGCUAAUGUUGGUGUGGCGUUGUUGUAAAAUAGUCUAAUAUUUGCUAAAAACUUGACCAGAAAGGAAAAAAAAAUAAACAACUUUGCAGAAGAAAUGUCUUAAUGUGACUUGGCCUAGUCUCUUUUGAGUAGUAAUUAUGUGACUACAAGAAAGGACCACAAUUUUGCUACGGGCUAUGGCAAAUAAAGAUAAUUGUACCAUCAUUCCUCAGAAUAUUACAUUCUGCUCUUUGAAUAAAUAAACCUCUCAGCCUUCA